AACGCCUCUGUGGAUGGCGUAUGUAUUGUGCCGCGGCGGUCCAUACCUGCAUACCUGGCGCCAGUGAGCAGCCAAACACUCCCGAAGGCCCCAUAUCCUACUGGCUACGGGCCCGCAUCCACCCCCCCAGAUCUGAGGUAUGGGGUCUAGGCAUGGGUCUAGGCAUGGACAUGGGGAUGGGCGUUAUAAUGAAUAUUGCUACGGCUGUAGCAGAUGGGUAUUGGGGUGAGGGUCGGGAUUGGCCUGGACGCCGCGGCAGAUGCCGCUAGCGCAAAGACGGGCAACCGGGCUUCGAGGUGUUGCAGAAGAGACGCUGUCUCUCAUUCAUGCACAGGCUAUCACUCGCGCUGUGGUCCCCCGGGAUGCAAACCUCCCACCUGUCGUAUGCAUAGGCGAGGUAACAUGGUACGGGUCGACAUUGUACUACAGACCGUCGCACCGUUACGGGUCGGACCAGGCCCGCUGCGUCGUCGUCGGGAGACACGACACGAGACCAACGAAAACCCACAACGAACGGGAGAUGAGAUAUGGCCGAUGGUCGUCACUCGACUGCCACGCGGCCGCUAGACAGAAGAAACCCGGCCUUCCUACCUGGUUGGAAUCUCGACGCACAGCAGCACCUAGGUAUAUCCGAGGCCGAACAAGAGCCCGCUCCCCCGCCUCGGCGGCAGGUGAUCUCGAUCCGCGGAGCCGAUCCUCGCCCAGCACAUAUUCGCGGGCACUCGAGGCGACGCCCGUCGAGGUUGGGAGAGGCGUGGCACGGCAGCGGGCUCGUCAACCACGCACCAUGUCGCAGACGGGGUUUCGGGCGAGAGGGGACAUUUCGAGUAUGGAUUUGCACACGCCCAUCCUGGGGAGUCGAGUUGUCAGAAUACGAUAGUGCGAGAGGCGCGCUUGGGGGGCCAGUAGCAGUUGGCGAGACGACGAUACGACGGCCGUCGGACGACUCGUCGCGAGCCUAUGCAGAGGGAGUCCACGGAUGCAGUUCCGAGGGAACGGCCUCUGAACCGUUUGGCGUCGCGACGAAUAGAGCCCGUCCAAGCGCUCGCAUUCGCUGUGUAGAGGAGAAAAGCGAAGGGAAAUAUGACAGUAUUUCUUAGGGAGGGACGGGGAGGGGCGAGCCGGACAAACGGGAGAGAGAGAGGACGGCCUGACUACUGCCCAACCUAACUAAUUCCCCGAGCGUCCUCUGCACACGGUGGCUUGGGGGGGGGAAGAGGUGGGGG